AUGAGUCUCCCAUAUCCUGUAUCGACCGCGUUGACCACGGCAUUUAUUCUCAGUGCCGCGGCGAAUUUAUCAACAUCUGUCAAAGCCAUCCUGCGGUAUCGAAACACGCAACGAAACCAUCGAGAGACGCAGUUGGUGAUUACGCACUGCGUAAUUGCUACUGGAUCCGCCCUUGUAUUCGUAGUUCUGAUGCAAGAACGUGGAGAUCCCUGGUCAACGUACCUAAGCUCUUCCAUCAUCGUCUCCAGCAUGAUUAGAGAACACCAUCCCCUGGCUUCCCAAAGCGCAGUGGUCAAUGAACUCUCGGCAGCAUCAGCUAUUACUUUCCGGUGCUGGAUGGUACUAGAGUGGGUGCUCAUUGCAUCGUGCAUCUCACGGCAGUUUACGAAAAUCAAGACCGUUAUGCUGAUUGAAACUUUCGCCAUGAUAGCCAGCGUUAUGGCUUUAAAAACAGAGUCAUCGACAAGUAGACACUUGAUUCUUUCGAAUGUUUUUGGGGCUCACGACUUUCUCGUGUGCCUCAUACCGGUCGUUGAAAAUUUAUGGACGAAGAGUUUCAGAGGUAGGCCCAACCCCAGCCUGCUACCGCGGCUCCUGCAAAGGACAUGGCCUAGAGCAUCUUCACCAUGGGCAUCGAGCCAGGUCCAACUUCGGGGUAUGUCCGUCACAACUGAGUCAGAAGCGCAAUGA